AUGCGGUUGUCGGUGUUUUCGUCAAAAGCCAGGUUCACCCUUGCACCAUGGACGUUGAUGUUACUGCUGCUCAGUGCCAUAUGUUCAGUGAGCGCGCAUAGCAUCAGAUUCCCAUUAGACUCGAGCAUCGCAAUCGAUGGCUUUCUUCCCGAUCAUCAAUUUGGGUCUGGGCCGACGGUAGAGCUACGGACGAUCGAUGCCGAUCCGCGCCAUCCAGCAGAUCUCCAACGACGAGCAGAAAGUGACUCUUCACUUCACCCAUCACCUACAUCUAAAAAGCAACCCAAACCCACGUCCGGGUCGGGCAGUACGACUCUACCGCCUAUCCUGAGCACACCCACAGGCACAGUAGGGACCAGCAUCGUCGUCGCGACCCCAACGGCCUCCGCCGGGCCACUGCCUACCGCCUUCGACACCAGCCGCAGCGACAACACAACCGUGAAGUGUUCGGCAUUCUUCGAUACCUUUUUAUCAAACUCCACCUUCAACGACUGCGUUCCCAUCUCCCUCCUUCUAAAGACAUCCAGCUCCUUCUUCGCAAACACGAAAUCCUUCGCGCUCCUCACGCGUACUCUCGACGCAGCCUGCAGCGCGCCAGCAGAUAAAUGCACAACUCUCCUAUCCCAUUAUGCCGAUAUGAUCGGUCAAGACGACAAGCUACUUCCGACCCGGAAAUGCUAG